AGAGUAGGGGAGAUGCAGAGGUAGAGAGUUUGGGAUCCCGGAGUUAGGUCCAGGGGCGGGGCGAAUAAGGGGUCAGCCAAGAGUAUUGGUCCAAGACCCACAAAUACAUCAGGAUUUUCCCUCCUCCGUCAGCCUCCUAAGCCCCAAUGAGGUCAUAGCGAUGAGAGAGAAUCAGAUCAAGAGAGAGGGGGAGGAAGAGGACGACGACGGAGAAAAAGACCCAGACGGAAAGAGGCCAUCAGACAAGGUCGCGUUUUCUGGCGAUACAGCAAGUGCGAGAAAUGUGGUGCUGAACACCAUCCACCUGCUCUGCCUGGAGACCUAGGGAUUCACAGAAGCACUUUGCGAUGCCAGGAAAACAAAGGAGGGGAGGCAAGAGGACUGGCGGAGAGGGGUUGUGAGCAGUCCCCCUUUAUCUCUAGGAAGCCAAGCUCUGUUCUUCCACUGGGAAAGAGGAGGGAGCCUGAGAGGUGCAGGAAGCUCCUGGGAGCGCAGAACCCAGACGCGGCAGAACUCUGGACAGAGCCUUGAAGCUGCUAGGGCUCACAUCCAGUCUGCUCUUCAGUACCCGGCUCCCCGGUGCUGGCUUCUGGACUCCCACCCACCGCCAGCGGUUCCUGUGUGAACGUGCCAGGGGCUGAAGCAGCCCUUUCUCCUCUGGCCUGGCCACGGAAAUGGUUCUCUGGUUCUGGAAAUCUAGACCUUUUGGAUAAUGUUUUGUUGGUGAAGAGAGAAAAGUUUGAGGAUUUGGACUGUGGUAGGGGGUGGAAGGGGCUAAGGAGGACUUCGGAAGAAAGAAGGUGGACGAUUGGCUUCUUUCUCUGAGCUGGAAGGAAUGAUGACCCAAGGAGGAUGUGCACCAGCAGCCAGAUUAUUGGGAGCCUCUUGGUGCUCUCUGUGCUGGAGAUAGGGCUCGGGGUGUCCAGCGUGGCUGUGGGGGCAGUCAGCUUCAGCCUGGCCCUCCGAGAGCACACACCGCAGCUCGGAGACUCGUCCCCGGUAUGGAGCGGGGUGUGUUUUCUUCUUUGUGGCAUAUGUGGAAUACUGUGCGCCAAAAAAAAAUCUGGACUUGUUAUGAUCCUCUUUUCAGCCUGUUGUAUCUGUGGACUCAUUGGAGGCAUCCUGAAUUUUCAGUUUCUUCGGGCAGUCACAAAGAAGACCUCAUCCUUGUACCCACUACACCUCGCUUCCAUGUCUUUGGCGUGUAUUGGCAUUGGGGGCUGCACUCUGUCCUCCUGGCUAACUUGUCGUCUAGCCAGCUAUGAGCAAAGGAGAAUGUUCUCGGAAAGGGAACAUUCCCUGCAUCACUCUCAUGAAAUGGCUGAGAAAGAAAUGACAGACAACAUGAGCAAUGGAGGACCACAGCUGAUAAUUAAUGGAAGAGUACAAUCAAUGUUUUAAAGAACUGAACAUUUUCCAGGUUGUUUAUGAGGCAGGAGAGGCUGAAGGCUUGAGAGCUGCAGUUAAAAUGUUUCUAGCAUUUGCUGUUAUUUCCCCCGAGAAUCCACUAAAAUUUUACCUUCUCAAUUUUUGCCUCACUUAUCCUCCAGCCUUUUCUAUAGGGUGAAAACUUUCCAGGAACAUUGUAGCUUUAGUCUUCUCAGCAGACUGAAACAUUUUUCUAAAGAAGACUCUUUCAGAACAAUAAAUGCAACAGCAGUGAUAAAUACUGUAUACAAACAACAUUUGACUAGCAUGAGCUUUAGAAUGUAAUUGCAUAUUUAAUGAAUAGUUCAAAGGUAAACACAUCAAAAGCUAACAACGUAUUCAUGUCUUUGUUUUGAAAGACAAAUGACUUCAAGUAUGCUAAAAAUCAAAACCUCAGUAAUGCCUUGUUGUAACAACAUUGCAAUUAAUUUCAAUUUGUGAAUGAACUAUAUUUCAUAGUUUAUUUGUAAAUUACAAAAUGCAGCAUCAAUGGUGAUUUUUUUAGAGAAAAAUAUGAUUCUGUAUGAUAUUUUUGCACUUUUCCACAAGUGAAAAAUUACAAGUGAUAUUAUGUAAGGAAAACAAAUGUUUUCAUUAUGCUGUGCAGAUUGAUCUGCAUGUCCAUACAUAGGUGUAUAUAUACUGUAAAUAUAGAAAAUACACACAGCAUAUAUUUAUAGCUACAUGAAUGUAAAUAGAUAAUAGGACAAAAUUGUGAUGGUAUAGGUAUUCUACCAGUUAUGGGAAGGCCAUUGCUCAAAGAUUUCUAAGCCCACAAGGUCACAUAGUUAAUUUCUACUCUAUCUGUCCAUUUCCUUCUUUUUCUUAAAUCUAUUGUGUGUAGAUAGUAUUAUGACUUACAUAUAUGAAUCUGUAUGAUAUUUUUGCACUUUUCCACAAGUGAAAACUUACAAGUGAUAUUAUGUAAGGAUGUAAUCAUAAAUACUGAAGUAUAAAUAUAAAUUACUUAGUUGUUGGUUAUUGUACUGUGAUUAUGGUGUUUAUGUAAAAGUAAUUGUUAAUAUUGAUUUAUAAAUAUCACUUCAAUCAUGUAAGUCUCUAUAAACAAAAAUAUUAUUUAGGAUUAUUCUGGAUAUGAUUAUUUCAAAUAACUUUCAGCCAAAUUAAAUUGUAUAGAAGGGAAGAUGAUUUACCACUCUAAGUGAAGUUACUAGCUUUGCUAUAUUUUAUUUCAAUGGCUUGUGUCUUUUGAUGAUUAACAUGAAAUAAUACAGAAUGGUCAUGUUUGGGAAAGUAUAUAUUCAAAACAUCUGAGAGAGUUCUCAGUAGAAGGAAAUUGAAAGAUAAGCUGACAUUCAUAUAGCUAGAUUCAAUCCUUCUCUUCCACAAUGGAAUAUUAAAAUAGCAGCUAACAGUAUGUAUAAAUGAGUAAAUAGCAUGGACUUUGAGAUAUUUCUGAAAAUUAAUCUCUGACAACAUAUAAAGUAAUAUUUUUAAAUGAGUAACACUACAUUAUAUAUUUUUACUACUUCCCCAAACUAAACAAAUUUCAACUCAUUUUUAUGAGUUAUUCAAUCACAGGUAAAUUGAUAUCUUUAGUACUCAGUAUGAGAACACAUUAUAAUCACAAGCAAGACAUUUUUCAUUGUGCUAACAAAACAGCAAUAAUUUGGCCUAAGGGUACCAUGAGCCUUUGACAAAGUCAUCAUUCAAUCUGUUGAGAUAAACUCCUUAGAAAAUUAUGGCUGAACAGAAAUAGCUGACCCCUACUUGGUUUUGGUAUAAGUUUUGACUCUUUUCCACUUGUUUGGAUACUUCAUCAUCUGGUAUAUUACAAUUAGUGUCCAUAGAUUUAAUCUCAAAUAAUGAAUAAGCAUCAUCACUAUUCACUUCAUGCCACACAUAGGCAUGAUAUUUGCCACUAAAUAUCUAAACUGUAAAAUGUAGAAAUCUCGUGUAUAUAUGGUUGUACCAAAUUGAUGCAGGAAGUAGCUUCAUUGUUAAAGAAGAAACCACUGACUCUAAUUUGUGGUAGCAUUUCUCUGUAGACAUGUUGUAAAAUACAGAAUCAAAAUACAUCAACACAUUUAAUACCUUUUGAAUUUAUUUUUAAAAGCACAGAUUAAAAGACAAAAGUAGGCUAUCAGUGCUUUGAAACACAGUUAAAAAGAGAUGCAAUUUCUUCAGUUAUCUAGUUUACAGUGUGUAUGUAAUCAAUUCUAGACACAUCUUUAACUGUAAUUAUUUCAACCCAGUGUUUUCUUGACUCAAAUUGGAGUGAUUUUUUCUUGAGAGAAAUGGGGGAAGUUAAGAAAUUAUGCAAGUAAAUGAAAUUUUAAUUUUGAAAACAAACAGACAAGGAAUCAAAAACGUUAGUGCCUACAUCAUAGUUUUAGUACAUACCUACCCUUGAGGAAAUAUAAUGUGAUACUAAAUUAGGAAAUAAAUGUGAAAUUGGUGUGGAGUAUGUUUUAUAUGCAAAAAACAGAAGUCACUUAUUGGAGAAUUUAAAAUAUAUUUGUAUGUGUAUAUGUGUGCAAUACACAUACAACUGUGUUUAAAGUGGAAUGUUGUAUGAUGACUCCUGAUAUUUAUGUAAUAAAACCAUGUACAUUGAAACUACAGA